AUGGCAAGGAAGAAACAAAGCGUGAAAGUCCUCAAGUCUAAGAAACACCAUGUAUCCCGCUCUGCAAGAGCAGAUCUCCAGUUUCCUGUUAGCCGCAUGGACCGGUUCCUGCGUAAGGGUAACUAUGCCCAGCGUCUGACCUCCUCAACACCGGUAUUCUUGGCUGGCGUCCUCGAGUAUCUGGUGUCCAACAUCCUAGACCUGGCUGGCAAAGAAGCUCACAACAACGGCAAGAAACGCAUUGGCCCAGAGCAUGUCACGAAGGUUAUGCGAAGAAAGAAACAACUACGAGUCUUCCUUCGUAAUAACAAGUCUAAAUGUUGA